AUGCUGCCCAGUUUUAGUAAUUCCGAUCAUGACUUACCGAAGAAAUCCAAUACACUGGAACUCAGAAACAGUACCUUUUCCUUCAUCAAAUCUCUCUUUUCUCUGAAAAACUGUGCAUGGAUUGUGUUAACAAUACUCGUACAGUUGCUGAUUGUAGUAUUCAUGAACCGGGCUUCGCUAUGGCCAUCGACUCUACCAGCAAUCCGGGACAACUUUCAGGCUCCUCCACAUGAAAAAGACUGUGAAUUCGGAAGAGUAUAUGUUUAUGAUCUUCCACCAGUUUUAAACAAAGAGCUUAUUGAGAAUUGCCAGGACUUGGACCCUUGGCCAUGGAGUUCCAAGUACUGCAGUGCCGUGUCAAACGGAGGUUUUGGUCCGAGUGCUACUGGCCUCGAUGGCAUAGUUCCCGAAAAUCUUAUCCCGGCGUGGUACUGGACCGAGAUGUAUGCUGCUGAAGUCAUUUACCAUGAAAGGAUUUUGAGUUACAAGUGUAGAACAACAAAUCUAGAUGAGGCAACAGCCUUUUACAUUCCAUUUUAUGUAGGACUCGCAGUUGGGAAGUAUUUGUGGUUUAAUCAUACUGCAGAUGAUCGUGAUCGACAUAGCUUGAUCAUGCUGAAUUGGGUUAAGGAUCAACCAUCCUGGAAGAGAACCAAUGGCUCUGAUCAUUUCAUUAUGCUAGGCAGAUUAACUUGGGAUUUUCGAAGAUUGCAUGAUAGUGACACUGAAUGGGGAACAAGCUUCCUUUACAUGCCCUUGAUGAAAAAUAUCUUGCAUUUAACUGUUGAAAGAAGUCAGUGGGAUGAACUAGAAUUCAGUGUACCUUAUCCUACAGCAUUCCACCCUCGAUUCCAAUCUGAUAUCCAGCAAUGGCAGAGCUAUAUCCGGGCCAGAAAACGUGCAAGCCUUUUUUGUUUUGUUGGGGCUACGCGUAAAAGUUUCAAGAAUGAUUUUCGAGGGCUUUUAAUGAAUUAUUGCAAGAAUGAAUCAGACUCCUGCAGGCUUGUGGAUUGUUCAGUAACACACUGCUAUGAUGGUGCACCAGUAAUUCUCAAAACGUUUCUUGAUUCAGAUUUUUGUUUGCAGCCAAAAGGGGAUGGUUUCACAAGAAGAUCUACAUUCGAUUGCAUGCUGUUUGGUGCAAUUCCAGUAUACUUUUGGGAGGGAAGUUUUAAAGAUCAGUACAAAUGGCACUUACCAGUAGCAGCAGAGGCUUAUUCUGUGUUUGUUGAUAAUAAUGAAGUGAGAAAUGGUACUGAUAUUAGAAGUGUGUUGGAAAGGUACAGUAGAGAGGAGUUCGACAUAGCAGAGGAUUUGUCACAUUUAGGAGUAAAUGGCUCGAAUAGGUUGCAUUUUAAACCAGUACUUGAUUCUGUUAUGGUUUCUUGCCACCACAUAUGGUGUCUAAAUUUGGGUGGUGGUCUCUGUUAUUCCUAG